GAGAGAAUAUAGAAAAUAUGACACAUUUAUCAAGUAAUACGCCAGAAAUAUAUUCCACGAAAGAUAAAGUUUUAAAUACAAAUGAAAUAUUUAAAUAUCCGAAACAAAAUGAAGAUUUAAACUGGAAACAAUCAUUUAAUAUUUCACCAGUUCUGACCGUGUUCCCGGAAUCAUGUUCCGAUAAUGAUGAUAAUAACACGACAACUACCAACUCGUAUCCCGUGACACCGACUACUUUAACGGCAUCACCGGUACCAUUUUCACUCGUUCAAAAUUAUGAUGAAGACGUUACAGCACUUUCUCUUAAGCACGAAAAUAAUCGACCCAUAACGCCACCACUUGAAAAAGAACAAGCUAAAACUAAACGUCGUAAUAAAAGAACACGAGAAGAAUAUCUCGCGAAAUAUAAAUUACCGAUUAAUGGAAUCGCUACUAGAACACGAAACCGAACACAAAAUAAUGUUACUGUUGAACAACAAGGGAAUGAAGAAAAUUUUAGAAAUCAAGAUACCCUUGGAUAUUUCCUUGAACGUGCCGCUCCAAUUCCGGAACUUUAUUCCGGAUCUUUUAUUAAUGAUAAUUUAUGUAGACCAAUAAAGCGGAUAUGUAUAGGAGGGUCUUACCGACCAAACACGGAAGAUUCCGAUAAACACGUGGAAGAUCGGCUAAAUAAGUAUGAUAAUGAUCAAACAACCGCAGUUAGUAGCAGCA